UUGUAUUUGGCUUUCUAACUGUCAUCAGAAAUAUACUUUGUGUACUGUUUUUUAGGCACCUGCAUGGUUAAAUAAAAAUUAUAUAGCAGCUUCGAUAUGCUGAGCCUCCCUUGAGCACUUUACUCUUCCAACAUUAAAUAUGUGUUUUACAUGUUGCUUCGCAGUCAUAGGUAAAAAAAUGAGAAAAUAUCUUUUUUUUUUUUGCUUCUUAUUUCCAGAAGGGGAAUCAUCUGAUUCUGGCCUAAACAAGUGAAAGUGUACAUGUUCUUCUUUCCAAGGGAAUCUGAGAUACUAUCUUUCUAAUUGUUCUAAGUCAUGUGAUUGCCAUUCAGGUAUAUUGUAAAUUUUUUAUUGGCAUGAAGAAUAAUAAGAGUCUUUUGGUGAUAAAAAAAACUAGUAUUUUUUUAUUGUUGUUCAAGUAUACUGGUAUUUUUUUUUGUAAUAACUGGUAAUUUUUUAUUGGCAUGAAGAACAAGAGUCUUUUGGUGAUAAAAAUUCAAGAUGGAAGUUGCAAGAGAGAAGCAAAAAGAACAGUAGCGAUUGCACAUAUUUUCAUGGUUUUAUUUUGGAAAUAUUUUGGGGCACUAUUGGUUUCAUUUGUACAUGGAAAAGUUAAUACUAGAAUUUCGCAACCUUUUUGUAAGGCACUAUUGGUUGGCAAAGUAAAUACCAGAAGCAUUGUUGGAUUCAAUUAUAUCUGGAGAAGUUUUUUUGUGUAUAUCAAUCACUGUGAUCAAGCUAUACAGGGAUAUGAGUUUUUUGUGAUUUUCAUUAGAUUUGAUAAUCAAAUGAAAUAUUUUGGAGCACUGCUGGUUUGUAUAUGGACAAGUUAAUACCAGAAUUUUGCAAUCUUUUUGUAGGGCACUGUUGGUUGGAGAAGUAACUACUUCCAGAAGCACUGUGGGUUUCAAUUGUAUCUAGAGAAGUUUUUUGUAUAUAUCAAUCACUGUGAUCAAGUGUAAAGGGAUAUGAGUUUUUUGUGAUUUUCAUUAGAUUUGAUAAUCAAA